AAUCCUGUGCCUUCAGUGAAGCAGUGAUGGCGACUUACGCGUUAAUGCGAAGCAGCCUGGGACUGUUACAUGGUCUGAAAUGUUCUUUUAAAAGUGUAGGUCAGAUUCCGUACGGCGCAGCCGCCGGGGCAAUUACCCAGGCGAAAGGUCUACAAAAUGCAAGAUGCUAUUCGGUCAACCAUCUGUCUGUGCAGGAGAGAAUCGAGAAGAAACGAAAGGCAGCGCUUACAGGAGGAGGACAGCUGAGGAUAGCUGCACAGCACAAAAGGGGUAAACUGACAGCACGCGAGAGACUGGAGCUCCUGCUGGACCCUGACUCGUUUGUGGAGUAUGACAUGUUUGUGGAGCAUCGCUGCUCUGACUUUGGCAUGGAGGCAGAUCAUAAUAAGUACCCAGGAGACAGUGUAGUGACCGGACAGGGAAGGAUCAAUGGCAGACUGGUGUAUGUUUUCAGCCAGGACUUCACAGUGUUUGGAGGCAGUUUAUCAGGAGCUCACGCUCAGAAGGUCUGCAAGGUCAUGGACCAGGCAAUGAUGGUGGGAGCUCCAGUAAUUGGUCUCAAUGACUCUGGUGGAGCCCGCAUUCAGGAAGGCGUCGAGUCCCUCGCAGGAUAUGCUGACAUUUUCUUGCGAAAUGUGAUGGCCUCAGGUGUAGUUCCUCAGAUCUCUCUCAUCAUGGGCCCGUGUGCGGGUGGUGCCGUGUACUCGCCUGCUCUCACAGACUUCACUUUCAUGGUGAAGGACACCUCCUAUCUUUUUAUCACAGGCCCAGAUGUGGUAAAGUCUGUAACAAAUGAGGAUGUUACCCAGGAGGAGCUGGGUGGAGCGAAAACCCACACCACUGUGUCAGGUGUUGCUCAUCGGGCCUUUGAGAAUGAUGUUGAUGCCCUUCUGAACUUGCGAGACUUUUUCAACUUUCUCCCACUGAGCAACAAAGAUCCAGCUCCGGUCACUGAGUGCCAUGAUCCUCGUGACCGGCCGGUUCCUGGUUUGGACACUAUCGUUCCUUUUGAAAGCACAAAAGCCUAUGACAUGCUGGACAUUGUUCAUGGUAUAGUAGAUGAGAGAGAAUUCUUUGAGAUUAUGCCCAACUACGCCAAAAAUAUUGUGGUGGGAUUUGCCAGGAUGAAUGGACGGACUGUAGGCAUAGUGGGAAACCAGCCUAAAGUGGCAUCUGGCUGUUUGGACGUUAAUUCAUCCGUUAAAGGGGCUCGCUUUGUUCGUUUCUGUGACGCCUUCAACAUUCCCAUCAUCACAUUUGUGGAUGUGCCUGGAUUCCUGCCAGGCACAGCUCAAGAGUACGGAGGCAUCAUCAGACACGGAGCCAAACUGCUCUAUGCUUUUGCAGAGGCCACCGUUCCAAAAAUCACUGUCAUCACUAGGAAGGCUUAUGGAGGUGCGUAUGAUGUGAUGAGUUCCAAACAUCUGAGAGGAGACGUCAACUAUGCCUGGCCGUCUGCUGAGGUCGCUGUGAUGGGUGCAAAGGGUGCUGUUCAAAUCAUCUUCAGAGGAAAGGAGAAUCAAGCCGAGGCUGAAGCUGAAUAUGUGGAGAAGUUUGCCAAUCCCUUCCCCGCUGCUGUCAGAGGCUUUGUGGAUGACAUCAUUCAGCCCUCGACCACACGCAAGAGGCUCUGUAGAGACCUGGAGGUGCUCGCCAGCAAGAAACAGACCAACCCCUGGAAAAAACAUGCAAACAUUCCCUUGUAAAUCUCUUCUCAGCACUUUACAGCAACAUCUGUGGUUAGAUUGGAAAGAAUAUCAUGUUUUUCCACAUGGUUCGUUGUGCCUUAUUUCCACUCAUAUGCAUUAUGCCAUUAUUUAAACAAGUCUCAAGUCAAUAAACACUCCCACGGUUCAUGAUUACAUAUUUAAUUUUUUUUUUCUGAAAAAGUGAGUUUUCCAUAAGUUCACUGAAGAAAAGUUUUAGAACAGUUUUCCAUUAAAAGGGAAAGUGGUACAUCAUUUCUAGGUUGUACAAAAGAAAACCAUUUUAUAUUGGAAAUGUGCAAUUUACAGGUACACUAGCAAAACUAACCGGGGCUCAGGGUGGGGGGAAUAAUGAUGAUCAUGGGAAACUCGUGUUGUUGACAGUAUAACAUUUCACUUCUUGAUAGCACAGGACCAUAAAGCACUUAUACGGAGGCAGUACUUGAAUGAGCCCUACUCAACACAUGGCACAGCAGCCUCUGCUGUUUGACCCAGACAAGAUCAACUGAUGGAAACCCUGCCGUAUAGACGCUUCACACAAAUAAACCUCACCUCAUUAAAACUAAAUCUACUGGAAAGAAAAUACUGACCAUUCAAAUGCUUCUGCAAGCCAAAAUACACAACAUGUAGUGUAAUGCCCCUUCAGGACAACUGUCACAGAGAUUUUUGGCUUUCUGACAAUAUUAACAGCAUUUUUAACACUGACCAAAUGUUUCUAACCUUGCUUUGUCAUUUACCAUAAUUAUGACUACUGAGUGUUGUUUUAUAUGUAAAAUUAGACCGACUGAAGUUUGACCAACAUGUCCAACUGCUUGUUUUGGUAGGAAGAAUCCGUUCGUUGACCUGAUAGUAAAAACGACUUCAUAAUCUAACUGUACAGGGCAUAUACAUAGUAGGAUGGAUAAACACAAAUAUGUACAUCUUGAACAUAUAGGACCGUAUAUUCUUACGUGAUAAAUUUGUACCACAAUAUAAAUCCCAUCCAGUGCGAUUCAAAUGAGCUGACAAAGAACUUGUUUAACAGAAAAAAAAAA